AUGUUUCGCGGCGCUCGUCGCUACAUCAUUGUCGCUGCGAUCUUCCUCCUCGCGGUGCUCCAUUUUGCCCGGUCGCGUGGGCGUGAUUGGACCGACACAGUCAUCGAGACUCCUCAGAUCUAUCGCCCCGAUGCAGCAUAUCCAAAGUCUCAGUCUAAGCCGGAUGUGAAGCCUAUCCCCGGCGCGCCAGUUCUGGAAGAACCAAGCAACAGGUUCGCGCCUGCGAAGCCCGAAUAUGACUCGUUCGGAUCCAGACCCCUUGAGAACGUCAAUCCACCAAGCAUUUCCAAAGCUCCAUCAAAGGGGGAGACCAAGACAUCGUCUUCGUCUUCAGGGGCGGAUUCGUAUAACAAUGCACCGGACAAGGUCCCGGAGAAGGGUACGGAGGGCUUGAAGAAUACCGACUCCAAACCCAGUGGUGGAUCCAGUGGCCAGAAGCGCCCGCCUGUGAACUCGGAUGCGAGCUCUGCUGGGUCCGGCUCAAUGGAUCUUGUGGAGGAGAUCGAUCAUGGCGGCUCGGGCAGAAUACCCAUCAAGCACGCGGAGCCUGGAGCACCAACCACGCGAUGGAAGAAAUUCCCCGACCGAUUCCCCGUUUCAUCGGACGAAAUUAUCAAGCUACCGAAAACAUACGCGACUUCCAUGCGAAAGCUGCAGGCCAAGUUCAAGGAUGAGACAGCCACUGAUAAGCAAGAAAGGUUGCAGCAACUGAGCACAAUUAAAGCGGAGUUCAAACAUGCGUGGGAGGGAUACAAGAAGAUUGCAAUGGGCCAUGAUGAGGUUAAGCCUCUCUCGGCGGCAUUUGAGAACCCAUUUAAUGGGUGGGGCGCAACGUUGGUCGAUUCACUGGAUACCCUGUGGAUAAUGGACCUGAAGGAGGAUUUCUCGGAAGCAGUCGAUGCGAUUAAAAAGAUUGAUUUCAUGACAUCGGCCAGGGAGGAUAUACCUAUGUUUGAGACUGUUAUUCGGUACCUGGGAGGCCUGAUUGGAGCCUACGACAUCUCUGCACAGCGAUACUCUGUGCUCUUGGAAAAGGCCGAGGAACUUGCUGAGAUCCUAAUCGGUGCUUUUGAUACCCCAAACCGCAUGCCUGUGCUCUACUACCGUUGGACGCCGGCAUCAUCCAAGGCUGGACUGGCCGAAAUUGGAUCGCUGUCUUUGGAAUUUACGAGACUAUCUCAGCUCACCAAGGAAGACAAAUACUACGAUGCCAUUGCACGGAUCACAAACGAGCUUGAGAAACUGCAAGACCAAACCUCUAUCCCAGGUCUGUGGCCUAUGAAAGUUAAUGCUCAAGGCUGUCCCAAGUACAUGGCCCAACAAGACGAUCGCGGUCAAAAAGAAGAAGCUCGCUCCGAGGAUCCUUUGUAUUAUGUGGAAACACCGACAGAGACACAGAAUAGCACAACGACGACUGUGGCUCACAAGCAUUAUGCCGCGCCAACUGAUCUGAAUAGCUACCUCAACUUAGUCUCGCAUCGCGAUAUCUUAGACGACUUUUCACAGGCAGAGCCGGCCCACCAGAGUUCCAGCUCUAGCACUCUGGAUACUGAGGCGAUGGAAGGUGACAAGUGCGAUGGAGGAUUGCUGAUGCCUACGGCGUACCGUGAUAACAAGUACACCAUGGGAGGAAUGGCGGACUCGACCUAUGAGUAUCUGCCGAAGGAGUACCUGCUUCUGGGGGGCGCAGAUCAAUACAAGAAAAUGUACACCAAGGCCAUCGAUGCCGCCCGCAAAAACUUACUCUUCACACCUAUGGUUAAGGGUGAACGUGACAUACGUUUCAUGGCAUCAACGUCCAGCCUGGACCUCACGAAGAAAACCACGGAUAUUCCAUCUACAUUGAUUUAUGAGACUCAUCAUCUGACCUGCUUCGUUGGAGGCAUGGUCGCCAUUGGAGCAAAGGCUUUUGGCAUUGACGGAGAUAUGGACCUCGCCGCCAAGCUGACCGACGGCUGCGUGUGGGCGUACGAGUCCACGACCACCGGGAUCAUGCCCGAGCGAUUCCGCUUGGUACCUUGCGACAAGGGACGAUCCUGCGAUUGGGAUCAGACGCGCUACGAUGAGGAGGUCAAGCGCUACGGCCCUGUUCACGACUCCGCCGCCGAGGCCCAGUUCCGCAGUGGAGAGAGCACAUAUGGACAGCGCGUCAAAAUUUCCUCCGACUCCAAGUCGGACGCAACCAACGAAGGGAAAAUGGCCAUUCCUCUACCCAUGCCGGGCUCAUUAAACCCUCACGAUAGGGACCCGGUGCCUUACAAGCGAGAUACAUUCGCCGUUGGCAGAGACACAAGACCAUCCGCUAUCCCAACCCCAACCCCCACAGGUGGAGCUAGUGAUCUCGAGAAUCGAGAUGCCCCUCGUGCCUCACAGUCAGGCCUCCUAUCCCAAACAGAUGGUAAAUACCAGCUCCCAGCGGGAAUGGUAAACAUUCCCUCGCCAGAUUACUACCUUCGACCCGAGGCUAUUGAGUCCGUCUUUAUAAUGUACCGGCUCACGGGUGACGAUAUCUGGCGCCGCAAGGGCUGGAAGAUGUUCGAGGCUAUCUCGAAGUACACUCGGACGGAAUUGGCCAACGCCGCUAUCGCGGACGUGUUGUCCUCGAAGCCUGUACAGAAAGAUGCCAUGGAAUCUUUUUGGCUAGCAGAAACCUUAAAGUAUUUCUUUCUGCUAUUCAGUGAUGAGAGUGUGGUGGACCUUGAUAAGUAUGUUCUCAAUACGGAAGCUCAUCCCUUCCUGCGUCCGACGUGA